AAGAAGGAGGCGACGCAAAUAAGGGUAGAAGUGCUUUCAACAGCUAGGGAGCUAGCUGGUAGAUGUUUUCCCGGUUAGGGGUACCCGAAGCUCUUCUUUGUAUUAAGUUUUUAGCAUCUUUGCAGCAGGCUGGAUCUGUCACUUCAAAGGCUGUAACGUUACCAGUGCUAAGCUGCCGCUACAGGCUGCCCCCUCUGUCCGGUGUCGCCCUGCACAGAAGACUCUACUCUGGAUCCAGAAACAGACAAAUGCCCCAAAAGGUGAAAGGACAGAAGUCCGAUGGCGGUGGAGCAGCCAUAGAAGCCUGUGGUCCGGUUACUCGAGACAAAAAUGGUGCUGUAACCAUAAAAGUUCAUGCAAAGCCUGGCUCCAAACACAGUGGCAUCACAGAAGUUUCUGCAGAGUCAGUGAGUGUGGCAAUCUCAGCACCACCUACAGAUGGAGAGGCCAACGCUGAGCUUAUUCGCUACCUGGCUGAAGUUCUGGACAUGAAGAAAAGUCAUGUGUCUCUUGACAAGGGCUCCAGGUCCAGAGACAAACUCAUCAGAGUGCACGCCUCUCUCAGUCCAGAGGAGGUGUUGAAGAGGCUCAGAGAGGCUGCAGGCUGACAGAAGGGAUGGAGGAGAAGGAAACAGGCUACACGACAGCAGGAGGAUCGGGAAUAGUGGUUCCUGUCCUGUUUAUUUGACUAAUAUCACUUUUCAGCAGUCAUUUACUAAACGACCCAAGGAACUUUGACCUUCUUUUGGUGAUUAAAUAUAUAUAUUUUAAGUAAAAUAAUAUUUAUUUUGAGCACAAAUGAUGUUUCUGACCUGGAUCAGUAUGAAUCAUAAGAAUAACUUAAAAGAAUCAUCUACCACCCACCUUCCAGUGAGCUGUGUUUCCAGAGAACAUGCAAAGAACAUGUCUGUUUAAAUCUAGACUGACUGUUUUUUAUUUUUGACAUGUGAAUAAUGAAAUCGUUACCCAUUAAUGACCUGAUUAUGACCAGUAUAAUGGACAUUUGUCCAUCACCAAUCACCAAACAUCUGUAACACUGCUGUGAAAAUUUAAUUUAAUUAAAUUAAGAUAUUAUUUAAAAACAGAAGGAAGCAAUCCAAAUUUACCUGGAUCUAUGUUUUUAAAAAAAAAAGAAAAAAGUAACUACCCCCUAAAACCUGAAAACUGGUGGUGCCACCCUUGGCAGCAGGAACAAUCCAGUUUUUUGUGAUAACCUGCAAUGAGUCUUUCACAUGGCUGUGGAUUAGUCCAGCAUGAAUGGCCUGUUUAAGGUCAUGUCAGUCAGGAUCAUGAAGUUGUCUUUAGGCAAAUGUGAGAAAUGUGGGUUUUUUGGUCAGCAGUGGUUUUCUUCUUGGAACUCUCCCAUUUUUGCGCAGUCUCUUUCUUAUUGUUGAAUCGUGAACUCUGACCUUAACUGAGGCUAGUGACGCCUGCAGUUCUUUAGACAUUGUCCUCUUCUUUUUAGACCUCCCGGAUAAGUCGUCAGUGCACUCUUGGAGUAAUUUUGGUAGGCCAGCCACUCCUGGGAAGGUUCACCACUGUUCCAAGUUUUCUCUAUCUGGAUAAUGGCUCUCACUGUGGUUUACUGAAGUCCCCAAGCAUUAGAAAAGACUUUGUAACUCCAGACUGAUAGAUGUCAAUGACAUCUCAUCUAUAGAUCGUGGCGUGAUGUGUUGCUUUUUUGGCCUACUUCACUUUGUCCGAUUCAGUUUAAGGGAUUUCUUGAUUCAACAGGUCUGGCAGUAAUCCGGCCUGGCUGUGACUGGUGAAACUCAACUUAGAUUUCAAAAAAAUGUGAUUAUUCAUUCAUUCAUUCAUUCACUCACUCACAGUUAAUUCAUGAUUUAAUGAGGGGGAAAUUACUUUUUCUAUAUGACACCAGGUGGGUUUGGAUAAAUAAAAUCAUUUAAAAACUGUAUUUUGUAUUUACUUGGGUUACCUUUGUCUAAUAUAACAAUUUGUUUAAUAAUCUGAAAUAUGUAAGUGUAACAUAUGGAAACAAAUAAGAAACUGUACCAAUCCUGAAACCAGUGGUUGUCAAAUGUCUUCAGACAUGUUUCAUAAACUGAAAUAAAUUUCCUCAAUGAACAGUUUUUCUUAUAAGCGAGGAAUAGUAAAAGGAUAUGAAUUGAAUUUUAGAAAAAUAAAUGUCAACAUGACAACAUCA